AUGGUUGACGUCGAGAAGCUCUGGAAAAACUGGAUUGAUGGUUGGAUUAUUUGUUCACUGCUUUUUCUUUAUUUUUGCAGUUUACUGGACACUUAUGACACUUCAGACGAAACCGAAUGCAGCAGCGAGAGCAAUGAAGAAGUUAACGCCAGUGACCUUAAUGCUCACACCUCAAGUACAAGCGAGACACUCAACAAUGCUGGCCUCAGUAAAGUUGAUCAAGACAUCAAUUCCGAAGGCGCGACCGCUUCCAUCCCCCGAACGACAUCCACCUUGACAUCCCUGCUUCCAUUGCAGCCACAGCAGAAGAACCAGAACGCGGUUGUUCUCUCACGCGAAGAGGCACUGGUGCGACUGAUUGAAAGAACGCGCUAUCCUAUCAUGCAAGAGAACGGGCAGCGCCGUUAUGGUCCACCACCUGACUGGGUAGGUCCAGCACCCGCUCGUGGCUGCGAGAUCUUCAUUGGUAAAAUUCCGCGUGAUUGUUUUGAGGAUGAGUUGGUUCCUGUUUUUGAGAGCGUUGGUAAGGUCUACAUGUUCCGCCUCAUGAUGGAUUUCAGUGGAUGCAACCGUGGCUACGGUUUCUGCAUCUACACUAAUCGUGAAGACACUAGGAGGGCUGUCCAGAAACUUGAUGCCUAUGAGAUACGCAAAUCAAAAGCUCUUGGUGUAUGUUUCUCGGUGGAUAAUUGUCGUCUGUUCGUCGGUGGAAUUCCAAAGACUAAAACGAAGGAGGAGAUUUUCUUUGAAAUGGCCAAAGUGACUGAAGGAGUGAGAGACGUCAUUGUCUACCCCAGUGUAGUGGACAAAACAAGGAAUCGAGGAUUCGCUUUUGUAGAAUAUGAAAAUCACAAAGCGGCAGCUAUGGCUAGAAGAAAGCUUAUACCCGGCAGGAUACACUUAUGGGGACACCAGGUGGCUGUGGAUUGGGCUGAACCAGAACGCGAGGUGGAUGAGGAUGUCAUGUCAAAGGUUCGAAUUCUUUAUGUUCGAAAUCUGAUGCUGCAUACCACGGAAGAGACUUUGAGAGAUCAAUUCAAUCUUGCUGCAGGCUUCAAAAACGCCGUUGAAAGAGUCAAGAAGAUGAAGGAUUACGCCUUCAUCCAUUUCACUGACCGAACAUUUGCUGCGAACGCAUUGGCUGUCAUGAAUGGCACGUUCAUAUUUUGUUACUAUCUGGACGGAUCGCGGAUAGAAGUUAGCUGGGCAAAGCCGGUAGACAAAACGGACAGCCUUCGGGCGGUGCAGCGUGCAACUCUCCAAUCAGGAGCGUCUGGUCUCGUACUUGAGCAAACUAAUCCCAUGAACCUCCUCAGGCCUACUCCUCCCAGUUUAAUUCAGAGUCAUGAUGCCUUCGGUAUUAAUGGCCUGUCCCUUCAACACCAGCAGCAAUUACUACUUGGUGCCCUUAUAAGUAGCGCAGACGGAAGACGAGUUUCCACUAUUUCUGAAACUGAUUCAAUGAAUGCAUUCCGUGACUUGUCUUCUCAGAUCUCAGGAGAACGGAUCGUCCGUGAAGCACUUGCCAUAUCGCGCAUACUUAACGAACCGAAAGGUGUCAGCUUGGGUCAGCAGCCGACACCUCAAAUUCCUGCCAAUGCACAGUCCCCUCUGCAAAGAAUGGGCGAGUCACCGACAAUUAAUUCGCCCCUUUUUACUAACUCACCGAUGCAAUUAGGUCUGACCGAGAAAAUUCGUCGACGUCAAGCUGCAGUACAGCAAUUUGCCAAAGGUUUUAACGAAUUUCUGAUACCCCAAAUUGCACAAAUUCCCGAAAACUUACAGCUUGAUCAAAUGAAUCCCCCUUCUUCAGUGCCCUUUCCGACAAAUCACUUUGACUUUUUGAAUGAUCAAGAGUAUCAAGCGGCUUCUCCUGGAUUGUGGGAAGCUAUGUCAAGUUCUCCUACCGAAGUGUCCGAUUUGAAAUUUUCUGUUGAUGAAUUAAUCAUGGACGACGAGCAACGAUUUCAAUUAACCCCUACAAAUACGUUAAGCUAA